GCUCUACCUAACUCGAACCCCCACCAACAACAACAACAUCACAAAGUUAUCAUUCUGCUCUCCCAGCAUAUCCCAUACAAUACUCUCAUAGGCUCAUCGACAACAAUCAUAUUCUGCGCCAUCCCAAGUAAUGGCGUCGAGCACGAACACGGCGUCAUACGCGGAUUGCGUCGCGGCGCUCCGCACCUCGCUCUCCUUCCUCGAGUCCUCGGUCAACACCAUCGGGGGCGGCGUCGCCGACUUCCCACGUCUAGCGGGCGUGUUGAAAACAGCUAGGCACUACGAACUGAUUCCCCAAUCAACGCUCCAAGCAGCCGAAUCCUCCCUCCGCUCCGAGCUCUCACCCGCAAUAACCACACUCCUCGACCGCGCCGACGCGCACAUAGACCGUGUGGACCGCCGCAUCGAGUCGCUCCGUGCGCGCGCGGAGCUCCAGCAAGGCCGACUCGAUAACUCCGGAUCUACAUCUUCGCGCGCCACUAAGACUAAUACUAAGAGCACAAGGCAUAAGGAUGGGGGCGCGUUGGACGACAGCGCGAAGCUGCGAGCCCGCGUAGUCAGACAGCGCCGCGACGCCCUGCAGUACAGCGUGGAACGUCUCGAGCUCGAGGUCCUCCAGAAAGAGAGGGAGUUGAGGAGGAGGUUGGAUGUUACGUGAUGAAGUACACACACACACACACAUAUAUAUAUGGGUAUUCUAUCCCGUGGAUCUGGGUCUGAGUUUAGAGAACUCGGGUUGGAUCCUUAUUCACCGCGUUGUCUAUUGAUUGACUGACGCGAUGCACCGCAUGCGGAAGAGGGAAACUGAAGAGAGAGACAGAGAAAGAGAAGACGAAGCGAGUAUUGACUGACUUACCGUCUCAUACCCUCUGUCCUUCCUUCUCGCUGCGACGAGGCACGCU